GGUUAAAGACGAGAAAGAAAGAGAGAGAGAGAGAGAGAGGAAGGAUCGCUAUUAUUCCGGGAAAAUCAUUCUGCACUUUUUAGAAGAGAAACCUGCAAAAAUCUUCAAUUUUUAAAGAAUUAGUCAACAGAUUAAUUUUUAAUUAAUUACCCUGGAGAUUUCCUGGGGGUUUGUUUUUCUCAUUGCUUCCUGGAUUUUUUCUCAGGCUUCUUAUCUCAAAAAGGUGGGAGAUUCGACUGUAGGAACAAGAGUUUUGCAGUUAAGAAGAGAGAGAGAGAGAGAGACAGAGAGAGAGAGAGAGAGGGGAUUCUGGUUUGCGGGAGCUAGUGAAAAAUAAAACUUCUGUGAAAUUGGGGUUCCUCUCUCAUUCUCUGUAAAAUUUGAAAACUUGAGUUUGUUGAAGAUAUGGGUGCUUUCUGUUGUUGCUUUCAAGUUGAUCUCUUUGAGAGUUAUGUGAAUCCAAACACUUCCAUGACUAGGAACUGUCCAUGCCUUAAUUGCUUCCUCCAGAGUUUCAUGGGUUUGUAUGCUUCGUUAUUUAAUAGAGGGGGAAUGCAUCCGAUACCUUCAACUGUGGAGACUGCUGCAGUGAUGAAUUCAACAACUGCACUUGAUGACUCUUUGUCUAAUGUGUAUCAUUCUCCUCCAAGACCAUUGCCUUACGAUGCUGAUCCUAGGUAUUUUCGUUUUGUUAAAGGCUCAGGCCAUUCAGGUGAAGAAUCACAACCAUUAAGAGGUGAUACUGAAAUGAGUUCUGAAGCUUUGGGUGGUGGAGGCAAAUGGAGUAAGUCCGAUUGUGAAGAUGGUUCGAAAGAAGUGUAUUCCAAAGGUUCAUCAACCAUUGCAAAGUCGAAAACAGUGCCCGGGAUAGAAAAUUAUUACGCAGAAUCGGAUGAUGAAGAUAUUUGUCCAACCUGCCUUGAUGAUUACACCCCGGAGAAUCCAAAGAUAAUAACCAAGUGUUCUCACCAUUUCCACCUUAGCUGUAUCUAUGAAUGGAUGGAGAGAAGUGAAACUUGCCCUGUCUGUGGAAAGGUGAUGGCAUUUGAUGAAAACGAAACUUCUUAGCAUUGUAAUAAAGACUUGCUCAAAGAAGUAAAAAAUGUUGAGUCGUGCUCUAUAGAAUAAACAGGAGAGAAAUCACUUGUACAUAAAACUUUCUGUGAAUAUCCAGAUGCCUUUGACAGUAAAUAUGAGAAUUGUGUGGAUGUCUCCUAAUAUUAUAGACUCAUAUAUAUACAUUUAUCUUUAAAAAGAUUACUGGAAUGAAAAAAUGGCUUAUCAAGCACUUUUGUUUUCA